GGUGACGCCCGCGCCCCGCUCCGCACGGCGGGAGGGCGGGAGGCAGAGCAGCGGCGUCUUCCUCCGCGCCGGGACCUCGCGGGGACCCGCUCCGUCAGGGCGCCGGCCGGGGGGCAGGAGCGGGGCAGCCCCCUCCGCUCCCUUCCUCUCUUCUCCCCUCUCUGCCGCCCGCCCCGUCCUCCGAGGCGGCAGCGCCCUCGGCGGGCAGCGGGGUGACCGCUCCCCCUGCCCUGCCCUGCCCGGCCCGCCGCGCAGCCGCUGCCCCGUUCCAGCGGGAGCCGGGAUCCCGGCGCCUCCCCUCUCCUCCUGGGGCGCCGUCCCGCGCCCCGCCCGCCGCCGCCGCCCGUCCCGGGGAGGGAGCCCGGCACUUGUUGCUGACGCGAUGGUCACCGGCCCGGCCGAAUAGGCAGCGACUGCCGAGCCCGUCGCGGGAGAGGAGGAGCGCUGCGGCUGCCGUGCGGGCCCGGCCCCUCGGGGCGCUCCGCGUGCCGCUUCCUCUGGGCGCCCGGCGGGGCCGGCGUCCCGGGCGGCGCCAGGACUUUCCCUGGCCCUGGUAGGGAUCGUGCCCUGGUAGGGAUCGUGCCCGGCAGGAGCGCUCGCCCCGCAUGGUCGCGGCGGGCUGAGGGUGCGCCCGGUCUCCCGCAGGCAAAAUGUCCUUCUUCAACUUUCGGAAGAUCUUCAAGCUGGGCGGCGAGAAGAAGAAGAAACAAUACGAGCACGUUAAGAGGGAUUUGAACCCUGAGGAGUUCUGGGAAAUCAUAGGAGAGCUGGGAGAUGGUGCUUUCGGCAAAGUGUUCAAGGCUCAGAACAAAGAAACUAAAGUACUGGCUGCUGCAAAGGUGAUUGAUACGAAAUCAGAAGAAGAACUUGAAGAUUACAUGGUUGAGAUUGAUAUUUUAGCAUCCUGUGAUCAUCCUAAUAUUGUUAAGCUUCUAGAUGCUUUCUACUAUGAAAACAAUCUGUGGAUCCUGAUCGAAUUUUGUGCAGGUGGAGCAGUAGAUGCAGUAAUGUUGGAGCUUGAAAGGCCAUUAACAGAGCCCCAGAUCAAAGUGGUGUGCAGGCAGACACUGGAAGCACUGAACUACUUGCAUGAAAAUAAGAUCAUCCACAGAGAUCUAAAAGCUGGCAAUAUUCUUUUCACAUUAGAUGGAGACAUUAAACUAGCGGAUUUUGGAGUAUCAGCUAAAAACACAAGAACAAUACAAAGAAGAGAUUCUUUUAUUGGUACACCGUACUGGAUGGCUCCAGAAGUAGUAAUGUGUGAGACCUCUAAAGACAGGCCUUAUGAUUACAAGGCUGAUAUUUGGUCUCUUGGCAUUACUUUAAUAGAAAUGGCUCAAAUAGAGCCACCUCAUCAUGAAUUAAACCCGAUGCGAGUGCUUCUGAAAAUAGCAAAAUCUGACCCACCUAUGUUGGCACAGCCUUCAAAAUGGUCGUCAGAUUUUAAAGAUUUUCUGAAGAAAUGUUUGGAAAAGAAUGUAGAUGCAAGGUGGAGUGCAGCUCAACUUCUACAGCAUCCAUUUGUUACCGUUACUUCCAAUAAACCAAUACGAGAAUUGAUUGCAGAAGCUAAGGCUGAAGUUACAGAAGAAGUUGAAGAUGGUAAAGAUGAGGAUGAAGAAGAAGAAACAGAAAAUUCUCUGCAGUUACCUGCAGAUAAGCGUGCAUCCUCUGACCUUAGUAUUGCCAGCUCUGAAGAGGAUAAACUUUCACAGAAUGCCUCUGUUCUGGAAUCUCUUUCUGAGAAAACAGAAAGUAAUGCAAUUGAGGACAAAGCCAGCAUUGUACUUCCAGAUAACAAAACCACUGGAGAUGAACCUGAGGAUAUCAAAUUUAGGACAACAGCUGAUAACAUAUCUAAUACUACUGUUGGUGAUACAAAAGUGCAGAAUGGUUCUGUGGCAACUGGUGAAGAUUUGCAAGGCAAAAUAUUGUCAGCUGAAAAGAACAGAGAAAGUCUAGAAAAAGCCCAUGAAGAUGCAGAACCCCAGAAAGGAGGGAAAGAACAUGAUGCUGUAACAAAAUCAGAAAUAAAGGAUGAACCCAACCUAAAAACAGAGAAGGAAAAUGACAUGGGAAAUGAACAGGCAGAAGAUAAUAAACUGAAAAUAGUACUUACAACUGAAAAUAUUGUAGAAACCGAAGAAGCCAUUUCUAAGGAAACUGGUGAAAAAGAAGAGAAGGAGAACAGAACAGAUCUCUCAGAAAGUAAGGAAGAGAAGGUCCCUGCAGAAAAUGCUACAGAGAUAAAGAAAGAUAAAGAUGAAGGUCAGAAAGAGGCAAUAAUAGAUACCACUACAGAAACUUUACCUAAUGCUGCAGUGGCUGAUGAAAAGGAACUCGUAAAGCGUGGAAUUGACAACAUUAAGGAGAUAGAUGGUAUUGCUGGAACACAGAUCAGUGAUGAGGAUAAAAUACCUGAGACAGAGGAUAAGCCAGUGGAAAGUCAGGCUAAGCAGGUGGAUGAGAUAAUCCCCUCUGAAGAAACUCUAUUGGAAAGCCAAGAUAAAGCGAUCAAAGUAGACAAGAUACUGACAGAAAGUGAAAAUGAGGGUAUUUGUAAUAUAAUCAGGAUGGAGGAACCAGAGAUCAAAGACUCUGGAAAAGAUGACACAGACCAUAAGGAAAUACAAAGCAAGCCUGAGGAUACUUCGAACAAAGUAGAUAAACUGACUGAUAUGGACCAAAAUUCAGAAGAGUGCAGACCUGAGAUUAUCCAGGAAAACAAUAUUCAAAUAGACAGAGAACAUUUGGAAGUUACUUCUGAUGAAAUGAUGAAGAAUAAGCUUCAAGAGGUUGCCAGUGAACAAGCUGGUGACACCGAAGUCACUCCAGUCCCCAGUAUUAGUGUUAGCACUGAAGAAAAUGAGGAGAAAGUCAAAACAGAGAACCAAGACAAAAUGGAAACUUCACAGCAUCUGGAGUCAGAGAGUUUGAAGGAAAAUGAUGCAGAUUCAGGCACUGGUUCUACAGCUGAUAACAGCAGCAUUGAUUUGAACUUGUCAAUUUCUAGUUUCCUUAGUAAAAACAAAGAGACGGGAUCAAUAUCUUUACAGGAAACUCGAAGACAGAAGAAAACGUUAAAGAAAACUCGGAAGUUUGUUGUUGAUGGAGUAGAAGUGAGUGUAACCACAUCAAAAAUAGUUACAGAAAAUGACUCAAAAAGUGAAGAAAUGCGAUUUCUAAGACGUCAAGAGCUGAGAGAGCUGAGGCUUCUUCAGAAAGAGGAGCAGAGAGCCCAACAGCAGCUCAGUAAUAAGCUUUUGCAACAGCGAGAACAGAUGUACAGGCGUUUUGAACAGGAAAUGACAAGUAAAAAGAGACAGUAUGAUCAAGAAAUAGAAAACUUAGAAAAGCAGCAGAAACAGACAAUAGAGCGCUUGGAGCAGGAGCACACAAACCGCUUACGAGAUGAAGCAAAACGCAUCAAAGCGGAACAGGAGAAGGAGUUAUCGAAAUUCCAGAACGUGCUGAAGAACAAAAAAAAGGAGGUUUUAUGUGAAGUGGAGAAAGCACCAAAAGAGCUGAGAAAAGAGCUCAUGAAACGCAAGAAAGAGGAGCUUGCACAAAGCCAGCAUGCUCAGGAGCAAGAAUUUGUGCAGAAGCAGCAACAAGAACUGGAUGCAUCUCUGAAGAAAAUUAUUCAGCAGCAGAAGACAGAACUAGCCACUAUAGAACGAGAUUGCCUCAACAACAAACAGCAGCUGAUGAGAGCUCGCGAAGCUGCAAUCUGGGAGCUGGAAGAGCGACAUCUUCAAGAGAAACACCAGCUCCUCAAACAGCAACUCAAAGAUCAGUACUUCAUGCAGAGACACCAGCUGCUUAAGAGGCAUGAAAAAGAAACGGAGCAAAUGCAGAGAUAUAAUCAACGCCUUAUCGAGGAGUUAAAGAACAAGCAAACUCAGGAAAGAGCAAGACUGCCUAAAAUCCAGCGAAGUGAAGCAAAGACUCGAAUGGCCAUGUUCAAGAAAAGUUUAAGAAUCAAUUCAUUAGCCUCUCCAGACCAAGAUCGUGAAAAAAUUAAGCAGUUUGCUCUUCAAGAAGAAAAGAGACAGAAGAAUGAGAGACUGGCCCAGCACCAGAAACACGAAAAUCAAAUGCGGGACCUUCAGCUGCAGUGUGAAGCAAACAUCAGAGAACUGCAUCAGUUGCAGAAUGAAAAAUGCCAUCUACUGGUCGAGCAUGAGACUCAGAAGCUAAAGGAGCUAGAUGAAGAGCACAGCCAAGAACUGAAGGAAUGGAGAGAGAAAUUGAGACCGAGGAAAAAGACGCUGGAAGAAGAAUUUGCCAGAAAACUGCAGGAACAGGAAGUUUUCUUUAAAAUGACUGGAGAGUCCGAAUGCCUUAACCCUUCAACACAAAGCCGGAUUUCCAAAUUCUAUCCAAUUCCCAGUCUUCACUCCACUGGGUCAUAACUCUGGGAACUGCUGUAGGUUUUUUUUUCCUAUUGGGAAUUCUCCAUCCUCACCAUCUAACCUGACUUAAUCUGCAGUGUACAUCAAAGGAUUUAGUGCUUUUUGUUCUCAGUGCAGACAAUCAGUGUCAUGAUCAAUUUCUUCUUGGGAUGGAAGGAAAGAAAAACAGUCUUGGUGUAUAAUGGUAACGUUAUGUCCUUCAGGUGUUUCGAGAGCAAGCGGGGUUUUUAUCUCAGUCUCAAAAAGUAUGUUAUCUAUGAUUCUGACUUUAAGCCUAAAAUAUUAAUUGUUCUCCUUCUGAUAAAAAAAAAACAACAAACACGGUUUCUCAUGUGAACAUUUAAACAGUAUAAUAUUAGUUCUGCUACUGUGUUUUUAAAGUGUCUAAUUUCUCCAUGGGAGAAUUCCACAACUGAAACUGCCAUGAGAGGUUUAAAAUGUUACCAUGUUAAGCAGGGUCUUCAUAGCAAGGACUGAAACUAAUUACAUGGAACACGCCAAUAAUGAGAAAAAUAAACCCUGAUGUUUAAACACAAUUGGUAAAAGCAAAAGCAUUCGCAAUUCUUUAAAAAGAAACCUCUGGCAUAAAUUAAACUGAGCUGAUCUCCAUUACAUAUUUUGUCCAUUAGUUCCAUAAUGAAAUGGGGUGCUAGUUUAAUUAACACAGUGCCUGAAACACUUAGAUAUGCUAAUCCUGGCAACAGGAUUGUGUUCUGUCAUUUAAAAAGAAACAAAACUCCUUAGCAUUGUUGUUACUGUACAAAACAGAAGAUUUCUUGCUGCUACUGCCAUUUUUGUUGUAAAUCCUCACCCUAAAAUAUUUUGCACUAAAAUAUGUAAAGGUGAAAGAAAUGCUAACUUUAAAAUGCACAGUUUAUUAUUUUCUUUAGCUAUUACAGGUGGUUAGUUCUACAUAUUGAAAAACUGUAGAAUGUAUUUUUUAAAGUGGUGUGCAAAGUGCACAUGGUUUCUCUAACUACCUGGAAUGGGUAGAGCCAUUUUUCUGUUCUUACCAAAGCCUGUACAUGUGAACUCCAUCAGAAAAGCAGAGGUGGGUGGGCAUAUUUAUAAAUAACCAUGGCUAAAGUCUGAUUUGAUUAGAAGUAUUAGAUUUCAUUAUUUUUUUUAUUUUAGUCAUUUUAUUUUAUAGAAAGAUUUAAGUUAAAUAUAUAGACAAACUACUUUACGAAGCUGGAUUUUUUUUUUUUUUUGCUUUUGUGUUGCCACAUACUAACAUAGGCAGUUCUUGUUUUUUCAAGUUGAUAGAUGUAAAAUAAGUUAUUUUCCUGACUGAUCUGCAGUGGAAAAAGUUGGAGAAGUUUCUCAUCUAGCUGGUAGGGAAAUACAACUGUAUUAGGUCACUUUUACGGCACUCCUUUGGUGGUUAGAGUUGGAGUCAUAUCAAGGCAGUAUUAUAAGCUGUACUUUGGUAUGUUGGAGUUCAACUUGUAAAAUAGUAUUUCCUUUUGGCAUUUGAGGCCUGACUUCCUAGUCUCUUUGGGUAUCAACUGUAAACUUUUUUUGGUAGCUUGCAUUAAAUGUGCAACUGGUGACCAUUACAUGGUGUUCAUUUCAUGGGAACAGUACUGAUGCAUGUGAAUGAACUAAAAAAUUAACAUAGGACUUUAAUCAGAUGUGGUUGAAAUCUUGGAUGCUGAAAUCCUUGGACAUUGAACCACUACCUUCUCAGAGAAGACACUUAAAAAUUACAGCACAGUAAAAGAAAAUUGGAAAAAUGCAUGUUUUAAUUUAAAUUUUGUAACUUUUUGAUAGCAUAAUUACUUUAAUAGCUAGCCUUAAUUUCUGGCAUUUUAUGAUAUAACUGUGUAUUGUGUACUGUUGUAAAUUCACAUACUGGAUCUAUAGAACCUUAUCUGUUGCUAAAUGCAAAGUUCUUUCAAUUGUUUAUUCAGUAGGGUGAAAAAUGUCUUUGAAGGCCUUUUCUUUUUAAUCUCCACCAUCAUAAUUUGACUGUUACUAAAAUAACAGUAAAUAAUCUUCAUCUCUGUAUUUAACAGAACUUGUUUGCUAUUUCAUAUAAAGUAGCCUCAGUGCUUUACUCGGUGGCUGGACAGGGCAGACACAUCUCUGCCUUCAUCCAUGUUAAAUCCUCAGAGGGAAAUGUUCAUCUUCUCCUUAUAUUUUUGGAAGUUUCAGUAAUAAAUUGUUAAUAUAUUGGCACACCAUUUACCUCUGUCUAAAUCUUUUACUUGAAGAUACUUUUCACACAAGCCCCUGCCAUCUGAUCUCUUGCAAAUUGUGCAAGUAAGUAACUGAGUUCUGUGAUGGAGGGAUGGAUGGAAUGUAGCUAUUGAGGCACUAGCAGGUGCUUAGUCAGAUCUCCAGGUGUGGAGGGAGCACUUGGAGCCAUGUGAACUGUGCUGAGAAUUGGUAUCAAAUACAAAAAAAUCUUUUUUCUGGAGGAAAACAGGAACUAGUGAGGACAAAUAUAGACUGAUAAAAUUGGUUUUAAGUAUUGCAGAACAUGAAAGAGGUGUACAAUAUUUCAUCAAUGUCAGAAAAUUCAACUCAAAUGAAUUUAGUCUCCUACAGGGCUGGAAGCGAUCUCUGGAGAUACAAAAUCCAAUCUUUCUACUUUCACAUGUCACAUCCCUCUAAUGAAAGUUAGAAGCUUCGUCUCCAAGGUAGUUAGAGUGUAUUUUCCUUAGCCAAAAAAAGCAUGUACUUUUUUACUGAGUGUUUGGUAGGUCAUAUUUUCCCCACAUGCCCUUCAAAGGAUGACCACAAAUCAGUAUUUGCUCACUUUUGUGUUUUAUGACACCAUAAAUACUGUCGGCAGGAAAAUGAACAAGGGCAGAAAGAUGUAUUGCAGAGCAAUAUAUUUCUUGUCCUCUUCUGUUUACAACUGAGUCUCACAAAAACCUGCCUGCAGGCCUGUGGCCUCUGAUGGGUUCAGUCUUCACAGCUUCUUCUUCCUGAGCUCUGAAAGUAUAUUUGGGCACCUGCUAAGUCAGAUUUCUUGGGAUAGGGCCUUGUAAUUAUGAGAGCUGAUGGCUCUGGUCACAUCUGAAAGGUUGCUGCUCUCUGCAGGAUCUUGUCCUCUGCUAAUGCAGCACUGCUGGUAGCCCUGGGAGGUCUUUGGCUCAACAGACCUUAGGUGCUCUUGCUGCCCCUGUUCUUAUAAUGAAAGUCUGCAUCUUGCCUGAAAGGGGUUACAGCUGGGGAGGAAAUAAGUUGUGUCUCAGCCCCUGUGUGCCUGAAGGCCCAGGGAAACUUUGCUGUUUACUCUGAUGAAGGGGAAAUACUCCAGCAUUUGUUCUCCUCUUGAUUCCCAUAAAUCAAAUUUGUUUCUUUUUCUAAGCAUUCUGCUCCCUCUGCUGAAUACACAAGAAGCAUGUAUGGCAUAAAAAGAUAUGACAUUGAGGUUUUUAUUCUUCUGAUUGAUGAGACAUCCUGAUUUAGAAGGUGUUAAUAAAGGAAAACCUUUAAUUCAGUUUACACCUGAAUUACAAUUCAGACGUGGCAGUCCUGCACUGUCUUGACCAGUGGCAUUCACUCAAAGUGAUUUUCCACAUCACUUUUAAAAUCCUGAUACUCAUUCUGAGCUGCAUCCUUUUUUUUCAAUGUUUUAAGCUAGUAUCCUUUUACAAUUACAUUCAUGGAUAUUUGAUAUCAAUAAAUGGUUUUUAAAAGUUAUUCUUCUGUCCCAGAGGAAUUUAUUAUACCUCCAUGCUACUGAAUUCUUUUCUUAGUAAAUAGGAAACUUAGCACCUUAACUAAAACAAAGUGAAGCAAAGCAGUAAUGUAAUUACUUUCAUCACACCACAAUGUCUUUUAUGACAGCAAUAUUGCAUAGGAAGUUUGAGUUCAUUCUCCAUGUGAAACUUUAUCUGUCUUGCAAGACAUGGUACAUGAAAAUAAUAAUUCAGGCACUUCGGUCCACUUUUAGGUAGCCUGAUUUUUCAGAGCUGCUGGGUAGCUACAGCCCAUAGGACCUCAGAAGUGCUCAUCUUUGCUGGGAACAGACUUAAAUGUGCAAAUAAGCUCAGCGCUACCUGCUUCCACUGCAGGACUGCUUUUUGAUGAAUCUGCUAUGGGAAAGCUGGGCAAGUUCUUGAGGACAGUGACUAUGUGGUCAUUGGAGGGAAGGGCAGGGAGGAGUACUGAGGAUUGUCACUAUGUAGAUAGUUUUCUGCUUUUAUGUUAGCAUUUACAAUCCAGUCACUUCAAACUCUACUUCUGGAUCUCAGGUGCUUCCUUGCCUUUAUGUGUCCGUGCACAUUUCCCAUUCCCUGACUAAUUUUGUCAUCUUCACAGUGGAUCUGAAACAUUCACAGGCAAGCCAAGGCCAGAUGCCCUGUCAUUUCUCAGUCUUACAAAAGAUGAGAACAGGUAAAGGGAAUGAGAAGACAAAAGAAGCUUUAUAGCAUUUCUCUCUAUUACUUGCAGAGCUUUUAGUUGUUCUUCAUCCCCCUUCUCUCACAUCAAUCCUCAUAACUCAUUUCUGUAGCUACUUCUGUGUGUCUGGCAUGAGGGCAGUCAGUGGUGCCAGAGAAGAAGGUGGCUUCUUAAAUAAGAACAUGCUCAACACCAGCUUAUGAAUAAGGAAGGGCUCAUGUGCUUCUGUGGUAGUGGAAGCAGAAAGGAGUCGCUGAGCCCCUAAGACUUUCUAAUUUUCCAAAAUCUCUUCCACAAUUACAAAACAAGGUGGUAAAGCCUCUUUCUUACUGAUUCUCAAUCCCGGAAUGAUGGAAAGAACAGAAACUAGAAAGAGACAUUGAAAUCUGUAAUAUUCAACUGUCAUGCUCCUGUUUUCUGGAAGAAAGCCAAGUGUUUUUCUGUCAUAAAACAUGCAAAUCUGAGGCAUCUCCAACCUCAUGUUGUCCCAGCAGUUUGUUGAAUGUUUUGUGUUAAGUGCAAACCAGUUUAUUUUUGCCUUACAGAAAGCAACCAAAAAUCAUGAGAGGGAUGAAUAAUUGGCUAAAGGUCUCUGUAUGUAAAACUCAUGGAAGUGAACUUGCAGUAGCAGCCAUACAACAGGUUUUUGGGUUUUUUUGGUCUUGUUUUUAAAAGUGAUUUGAUUUCAUGGCUUUCUGUAGAAUAUUGUAAUAAUUCUGCUGUAAAUACAAUAAAAUCACAGUUUGCUGA